ACCCCAAACCGAGAUCCAGUGGAGGGUCUACAGGAGUGAAGGCAGCUCCGGGAGGGGAGGAGAGAGAGGCGCCCCUUUCUUCCGACAGGAGGGUGUCGAGUCCUGCGGGUAAACUGAGGCCUGCGUCCUAGCUCUGCUCGUCGCCGGGCAGGCAGCUUCAGCUCCACGUUACGCCCAAGCACAGGGCGGGCGGGGCUGGGCUGGCUGCUUUUCUUUGGGGGACAGGUGUGGACGUGGGGCGCCCAGCUUGAGGAGGGGGCCGUGGAGCCCGGGGUGGGAGCGCUGGGCCCGGGUCCCUCCGCAGGGAGGGUCACCUAGGUCCUUCGCGGCCCCGGACCGGCCGGGUCGGGGGAGGAGCUGGGCGCGUCCCCGCCCCGAGGCGGAGCGGGGGGCCGGGCCUAAACCCACUGGGCGGGGUGGGCCGGGGACGCGAGGCGGAGCGCGGCCCCACACAGGCCGCGGCGGCUGGCUCGGGCCCCUACGGUCCCGGCGGCGGCUGGAGGAGGAAGCCAGGCGGCUGCGGAGAAGGGGAGGCGGAGGAGGCCGAGGUGGAGCGCCGCUCGCCGCAAACUCACUUCCCCGGCUCAGCAGGGAAAGACAUCCUAAUAAUGACCCACUGACCAAGAAAACUCCGUGGGAAGGGCUGAUGCGGGGGGAUGCGGCUCCGUGAGUGCUACAAACACGGAAGGGGGAUAGUGACAUGAAGAUUAACCAGAAUAUUCCAUGUGGAAUGCUUAGCGUUGCCCUCCGUGCCGCAGACGUACUCAGUGAAAAAUAGUGGGAACUGAUGAUAGAAUUAUAAGAACAGACGUUUCUUGAUUCCCAAAGCUGAUGAGGAAACAGAGUCUUCCCUGGGUCACUCAGAAUUAGACCUCAUCCCUGCACCCUGGGUCCUCUCUGAGGGAGAUGUCCCCGUGAGCAGAGGUUGGACCUUCCUGGCUCGAGGUCAUAGCAGUGCCACUGUGCGUGGUGCAGUUCUCUCUGAGGCCUGGAGGUCUUGCUCUGGAGUCAUCAUGCAGGCGGACUUGUGCCCUCUCUACUGGCUGGAUUCCCCAUCCCCACCCAGGUCUGAUGUCCUGGCCCAGCCCUCCCUGUGGUGACCCCACUAGUGGGCAGACUUGGGCCUGUAGGAAAACGAAUGUUCCUAGGAGGCGAGUGCGGACGGUAUGCAAAGUUGUGAAUCCAGUGGCGACAGUGCGGAUGACCCUCUCAGUCGUGGCCUGCGGAGAAGGGGACAGCCUCGUGUGGUGGUGAUCGGCGCCGGCUUGGCUGGCCUGGCUGCGGCCAAAGCACUUCUGGAGCAGGGCUUCACGGAUGUCACAGUGCUCGAGGCUUCCAGCCGCAUCGGGGGCCGUGUACAGAGCGUGAAACUUGGACACGCCAUCUUUGAGCUGGGAGCCACGUGGAUCCAUGGCUCCCACGGGAACCCCAUCUAUCAUCUAGCAGAAGCCAAUGGCCUCCUGGAAGAGACAACUGAUGGGGAGCGCAGUGUGGACCGCAUCAGCCUCUACUCCAAGAAUGGCGUGGCCUGCUACCUUACCAACCGUGGCUACAGGAUCCCCAAGGAUGUUGUUGAGGAAUUCAGUGAUUUAUACAACGAGUCUCCUGGGGUCUCUUUGCAGGUCUAUAACUUGACCCAGGAGUUCUUCCGGCAUGGUAAACCAGUCAAUGCUGAGAGUCAGAACAGCGUGGGGGUGUUCACCCGAGAGGAGGUGCGCAAUCGCAUCAGGGACGACCCUGAUGAUACGGAGGCCACCAAGCGCCUGAAGCUCGCCAUGAUCCAGCAGUACCUGAAGGUGGAGAGCUGUGAGAGUAGCUCGCACAGCAUGGAUGAGGUGUCCCUGAGCGCCUUUGGGGAGUGGACUGAGAUUCCCGGUGCCCACCACAUCAUCCCCUCGGGCUUCAUGCGGGUUGUGGAGCUGCUGGCCGAGGGCAUCCCGGCCCACGUCAUCCAGCUGGGGAAACCCGUCCGUUGUGUGCACUGGGACCAGGCCUCGUCCCGCCCUCGGGGCCCUGAGAUUGAGCCCCGGGGUGAAGGUGACCAUAAUCGUGAUGCCGGGGAGGGCAGCCAGGGUGGAGAGGAGCCCCGGGGGGAGAGGCAGGACGAGGAUGAGCAGUGGCCGGUGGUGGUGGAGUGUGAGGACUGCGAGGUGAUCCCGGCGGACCACGUGAUCGUGACCGUGUCGCUGGGCGUGCUCAAGAGGCAGCACGCCAGCUUCUUCCGGCCAGGCCUGCCCGCUGAGAAGGUGGCUGCCAUCCACCGACUGGGCAUCGGCACCACCGACAAGAUCUUUCUAGAAUUUGAGGAGCCCUUCUGGGGCCCCGAGUGCAACAGCCUGCAGUUUGUGUGGGAGGACGAGGCGGAGAGCCGCACGCUCACCUACCCGCCGGAGCUCUGGUAUCGCAAGAUCUGCAGCUUUGAUGUCCUCUACCCGCCCGAACGCUACGGCCACGUGCUGAGUGGCUGGAUCUGUGGGGAGGAGGCCCUCGUCAUGGAGAAGUGUGAUGACGAGGCAGUGGCCGAGAUCUGCACAGAGAUGCUGCGGCAGUUCACAGGGAACCCCAACAUUCCAAAGCCUCGGAGAAUCCUGCGCUCGGCCUGGGGCAGCAACCCCUACUUCCGGGGAUCCUACUCAUAUACGCAGGUGGGCUCGAGUGGGGCAGAUGUGGAGAAGCUGGCCAAGCCCCUGCCGUACACGGAGAGCUCCAAGACGGCGCAAGGAAGCUCCUCAAGGCAGCUGCCUGGUCACCUUUUAUCUUCCAAGUGCCCAGAACAGUCCCUGGAACCUAAUAGGGGCUCCAUAAAGCCCAUGCAGGUGCUGUUCUCAGGUGAGGCCACCCACCGCAAGUACUAUUCCACCACCCACGGUGCUCUGCUCUCUGGCCAGCGUGAGGCUGCCCGUCUCAUUGAGAUGUACCGAGACCUCUUCCAGCAGGGGACCUGAAGGCCUCCUCGCUGCCGAGCGUGUUCCUUAAAGAACCACUAACUUGUGACUGCCAGCCUUCCCCUUGCUGUUUUUGUCCCCCCCCCCCCAUUUCUAAUCCUCUGUAGAAUAGAUUUGUAUCUUUCUUAGAGAUAGACAGACAUCUAACUGGCUUCAGACCUGGCCCUGUAGCUUUUCCUUUUCUCCUUGCUGGGUGGUGACCAGGGUGGGGUCCGUUGAUUUACCUCUGUGCUCUGACCUCCAACCUCCGACCUCCCCGUGCCUCCCCUCAUCUCUGACCUUGUUACUGUAAGUGCCUUCAAUACUUUGCAUUUUGGGAUAAUAAAAGAGGCCUGCCCUU